AUGACAGAGCAGCGGAUUGAGGUGGGAGGCAGCUGUGAUGUUGCUAAAUUCAUCAUCUGUGAUGAUGAUACAAGUCUCUUGGCUGAACUGAUGCGUGCAGUCAGGGUGCUGCAUGAUCCUAAAUAUCACAUCAACUUAGCGGUCUGCACAAAUGCAGAGGUUCCGUUGGUACGACGGGCACCACUGACGUACGAAGUGCUAUUCAGCAGUCUGCAGAGUUUUAAGAAUAAUUUACAGCCGAAACUGUGCUGUCCCUGUAAGCAGGGGCCGCCUGCCCAGCAGGUGGGCCAGCGUUUGAAGCUCGGGUUCCAGGGCGUCCAUGAAGGCAGCCCACUGGGGGAACUUCACCGCUGUGUCCGAGAUGGUGUAAAAAUCAAUGUCCAUAUCCGCACUUUCAAAGGGCUUCGUGGAGUCUGCACAGGGUUUUUGGUUGCGUUUGACAAGUUCUGGAAUAUGGCCCUGACAGACGUGGAUGAGACGUACAGGAAACCAGUAAUGGGCAAAGCCUUCUACGCAGAACCUCAGCUCACACUAACCCGGCUGUUUGACAGACUCAAACUGCAGGACUCCUCAGUAAAGAAGGGGGCUGACUCAAAGACUGCUUCAGAGGAGCUAGCCCCGUCAAAUGACUCUCAGACGCUUGGAUGGAAAGUUGGAUCAGGACGAGGGAGAGCAGAAGAUGAGCGUGAGAAACAGAAACGCUUGGGCAGAGCUGGAGAAAAGAAGGUGCCAGGUGACAGUUUGCAUCUGGCUGCCAGAGGUGAAGCUGAUGUGGGUAGCAGGACUGCCCACACGGAGGGUGCCAGUGCUGGUGGUACCCGUGCAAGAAGCCAGUCACGGAAAAAAAGGCGUCCCAAAGUGGAUUAUCAACAGGUGUUCACACGUCACAUAAACCAGAUUUUUAUUCGAGGAGAGAAUGUCUUGCUUGUCCAUUUAGCACAUUGACUUGGCCGAGCCUUCGUCAGUGUAUUUAUUUGAUAGCAUGAAUUGCAGCUGCAGCUCUCAUUGCUAUUUAGCGUUCUCAUUAAGGAUGAUGGUACCGUGACUGGUUUCCCAUUGCCGUAACAAGGUAGGGGAGAUAAUUCUAACUGGAGCAUCCUGAGCUUGAUGCCAAAGCAGCCUCCUUAGAUUUCUGUUGGGGGUCUCAGGACAAGGUCAGCAACCCAGUUGUUUCAGUCAGAUGAGGGAGGUAAGCACAGAUU